AUGUGGCUAGGCAGUUCGUUCUUAGUGUUGUGGGACAUUCGUUUUAAAUGCCUAGAUGCGAUGAAUGGUGAGGAAAUACCAGCUAGGUGUCUUGGAGAAACAGGAGCUCUUAGUUUCAAGAAACCAACAGAACAAGAUAUAAAAGAUACACAAGAGCUUGAAGCUAGCCUUGCACAACUCAAUAUUUUUGAAACACCUGAAGAGAUAUCACAAAGACGUGAGGCUCUUGUACAAUUACAAGAGAUAUCCAAUGCUUGGAUUCGAAGAAAAGCACUUGAACAAAAUCUCCCGCCACAUGUCGCCAAUUCUACAACGGGAAAAAUUUUCACUUUCGGUUCAUAUCGUUUAGGUGUCAAUUUCAAAGGUGCAGAUAUUGAUUCCUUACUGGUUGUCCCGCGGUUUAUAACACGCGAGGAAUUUUUUAGUGAUUUCCAGAGUGUAUUAGAAGAAAAUCCUAAUGUAGAAGAUUUACACGCUGUAGUAGACGCGUUUGUCCCAGUGCUUAAGAUGAAAUUUAUGGGAGUUGAAAUUGACCUUCUGUUUGCACAAAUUGAUCAAAUGUCUAUACCAGAAAACUUCAAUCUAUGCGAAAACACUGACGCAUUAAUGCGUAAUAUGGAUGAGCGAGAUGUACGCAGUAUUAAUGGUGUCCGUGUAACUGAAGACAUUCUCAAUCUAGUCUAUAAUAAAAAUUCUUUCAAAGUAGCACUCAAGGUUAUCCGAAUCUGGGCUAAACGUAGAAAUGUAUAUUCCAAUGCAUUGGGUUUCCUUGGCGGGGUAUCAUGGGCAAUCCUAGUUUCUCGAAUCUGUCAACUGUAUCCCUAUGCAACACCAUCUAUGAUUGUUUAUUUAUUUUUCAAAAUAUUCAGUCAAUGGCCUUGGCCAAAACCUGUCAGACUAAGAGAGUCUGAAUAUAUUGCUAGUUUAUGCCUACCUGUUUGGGAUCCAAGGUUAAAUCCACCAGAUCAGUAUCAUCUUAUGCCUAUACUGACUCCUAGUUAUCCUUCACAAAAUUCAACAUACAAUGUACAACGCAGUAAUCGUAUUAUUAUUGAAAGAGAAUUAAAACACGGUUUAAACAUUGUUAGAGAAUCAAUGAUGCAUAAACGUUCUUGGUCUGAUUUAUUCGAAGCAGCAUUUUUCUUUCAAUAUAGACAUUAUGUUGUUGUCAUUGUUGUUGGAAAUGUUAAGCACACGUUUAUUGAAUUAUGCGGUCUAGUUGAAUCUAGACUACGUGUACUUGUCAGUAAUUUCGAGUUGAAUCGUUAUGUUAAAAUGGCACAUGUAAAUUGUCGUGCUUACGGUAAAGGACCCAACGAUGGUGAUGCUAAUUUUGUACGUAAAUGGUUUAUUGGCAUGGAAUUUGAUCGACAUACUAGUUCUUUAACGAGUACAGUACAUAAUAAUAGUAGUAGUAAUAAUAAUUCAAAUAAUUCGUCAACUGAUAAACCAACCCUGAAUGUGGAUUUAAGUGAGAAUAUUAGCUCAUUUGAAAAAUCAAUUGAACGUGGUCUAUCCAGUGAAGAUUUAUCUGUUUCUGUUAAAUAUGUUAAAAAAUCACAAUUGGUUCACUUUAUUUCAACAGAAGACAUGGAAGAAAUUAAACGGCAAGCGGCGGCGGCUGCUGUGUCAAAUGUAAAUAGUUCAGAGAAUCUUAAGUCUUUUCGUAUGCAUACGAAUAGUAACAGUAGCAGUAACAAUAAUAGCACAUCGAACUCUAUGUCCAGUCCAGCAAGUUGUAUUGAACUUUCUGCAUCUGAUGAAGUCUCCUCUCCUUCAAACACUUUACAUACAUCUGUAUCCACCAGUUCACUGAUGAUGACGAAUGCAUCUGUUAGAAAUUCUAUAACAGAUGUCAAGUGUCCCCCUUCUUCUCCAAUGUCUACGUGCUCCAGUGUAGGUGAUACUUUAUUGACUGAGGUUCAUGGGAAUGAAACAACUGAUCCCACCACCACUACCGCCAGCAAUGAUGAUUAUGAUAAUAAUAAUAAUCACAGUCAAGAUCUCAAACAAGAUAAACCUUUAUCUCCAAAUCAUAUCCCGUGCAAUAACACGGUUACAUUAACCGAUUCUCCUGGUAGACGUACACCAAAACGUACUGGAUCAGUUGACCCAACAUCUCACGAAACAGUCUCAGGUAUUGUUUCUUCUGAUUGUCAUAGUAAUAAUGCUGAAAACAUGAAUGAUUCCGAGGAUUUUCGAAAACGUGCACGUAUAUCAUCUGAAAAUCCACGAUCUGUUGUCUUCACUUCUUCUGCCCAACAAAUUCCUCUACCCGUCUGUCUGUCUGCCUGUUUGUCUCCUUUCCCAUCUUCUCCUCUAUUCCAUUCGAAUUACUUUGAUUUUUGA